CCCUACGGGGAGGCCCAGAAAACUUGCAGAAAAGAUCUCUCAAAUUUUCAACUUCGUUACAUGACGAGAAUGCCCUUCAUUUUUUUGUGAGGACAAGAAUGGUGACAAUGUCCUCGACUCCUCGUCCUCUGUUCCUCUUGUAUGGCUUCUCUUCCUCUUCCUGCUCUGUCAAAUCCUCAUUUCUCUCACUUCAAAUCUACCCAUACCAGGAAAUCCCUCAAUCUCGCCAAAACCCAUAUCCUCAAUCUCCAUGAAAGUGAGAAAACAUCUCAGAUUCCAUACAAAUCUUACUUUCACAACAUCUCUUCUCUCUGCAAAGAAUGCCGAAUUCAUGAAGCCUUUGCCGCUCUCACUGAAAUGGAAUCAGAAAAUCUCCCCAUCGGACCUGAAAUUUACGGGGAACUCCUUCAGGGUUGCGUGUACGAACGAGCUCUCUUCACAGGUCAGCAAAUUCACUCUCGUCUCAUUAAAAAUGGUGACUUCUUCUCCAAGAACGAGUACAUUGAAACCAAAUUGGUAGUUUUCUACGCAAAAUGUCUACUUUCAGACUUUGCCACUGACUUGUUUCUCAGAGCCCGCAAACAGAAUGUUUUCUGCUGGGCUGCCAUAAUUGGUUUGCACUGUGGAGUUGGUUCUUACCAAGAAGCUAUAUUUGGUUUCUGCCAAAUGCUUCACAAUGGGGUUUCCCCUGACAAUUUCGUUGUCCCGAAUGCCCUGAAAGCUUGUUCUGCUUUACAGUUGAUUGGUUUUGGAAAAGGGGUACACGGGUAUGUUUUGAAGAUGGGUUUAGAUUACUGUGUCUUUGUGGAAAGUAGUCUGAUAGACAUGUAUGGCAAAUGUGGGGUCUUGGAGGAUGCUAGAAAGGUAUUCGAUGCCAUGUCUGAGAGGAAUGCUGUUGCUUGGAAUUCUAUGAUUGUGGGCUAUGUCCAAAAUGGGAUGAAUGGGGAAACAUUGAAGGUCUUUAAUGAGAUGAGAUUGCAAGGCAUCGACCCAACUCGAGUAACUAUUUCAAGCUUCCUUACUGCGUCAGCAAAUUUAGAAGCUCUUAUUGAAGGUAGACAAGCCCAUGCCAUUGCAGCUUUAAGUGGAUUGGAGUUGGAUAAUAUCUUGGGCACAUCUCUAAUAAACUUCUAUUCAAAAGUUGGUUCAUUCAAAGAUGCUGAGAUAAUUUUCAGUAGGAUGGUUCAGAAAGACGUGGUGACCUGGAAUUUGCUAAUUUCCAGUUAUGUGCAAGAUCGGCAGGUAGACAAGGCCCUUGAUAUGUGCUGUAAGAUGAGACUGGAGAACUUGAGGUUUGAUUCUGUGACUCUAACAUCUGUGCUGUCUGCUUCUGUUGAUUUAAGAAACUUGGAGCUUGGUAAGGCAGCUCACUGUUACUGCAUCAGGAACAACCUAGAAUCUGAUAUGGUUGUCGCGAGUAGCAUUGUGGAUAUGUAUGCCAAGUGUCAGAGGAUUGGCGAUGCUAGACAGGUCUUCGACACCACGACACAGAGAGAUAUGGUCUUGUGGAAUACAUUGAUUUCUGCCUAUGCAGAGGUAGGUCUAAUUGGUGAGACCCUGAAAGUGUUUUAUCAGAUGCAAUUUGAAGGUGUGCCCCCAAAUUUGGCAUCAUGGAAUUCAGUUAUUCUGGGAUUUCUGAGAAAUGGCCAAGUAGAUGAGGCCAAAGACAUGUUCUCAGAGAUGAGGUCUACUGGCAUGCUGCCCAACUUGAUCACUUGGACUACUCUCAUCUCUGGUUUAGCCCAAAACGGACAUUGGAAUGACGCAAUCCUAUUUUUCCAGGAAAUGCAAUCGGUGGGUAUCCAACCCAAUACUGUGAGUAUCAUCUGCAUGCUAUCAACUUGCACAGAUAUAGUGUCAUUAAGGUAUGGAAGAACUAUUCAUGGUUACAUUCAAAGGCAUGAGCUCUCCUCAUGCAUAUCCAUUGCAACCUCUCUUGUGGACAUGUAUGCUAAAUGUGGAAGUAUAAAUCUAGCCAAGAGGGUUUUCGAUACAAUCUUAAGAAAGGAGUUGGCUUGCUACAACGCAAUGAUCUCAGCGUAUGCUUUACAUGGCCAAGCUGCAGAAGCUCUUGCUCUCUUUAAAAAGCUGCAGGAGGAAGAGCUGGAACCAGAUGGGAUCACCUUCACUGGUGUUUUAUCAGCAUGUAGCCAUGCUGGGAUGGUGGAUAAAGGUCUUCAGAUUUUUGCUGAUAUGCUGCCUGUAUACCAUGUGAUGCCAAGUAUUCAGCACUAUGGUUGUGUGGUUAGUCUUCUCUCUCAGAGUGGUAGUUUAGAAGAAGCUCUAAGGCUCAUCUUUGCAAUGCCAUUUGAUCUUGAUGCCAAGAUAUUAGGAUCACUUCUUUUUGCUUGUACAGAACACCAUGAACAUAAACUCGGGGAAUAUUUUUCCAGACGCUUAUUUGAACUGGAACCAGAUAAUUCAGGAAACUAUGUGGCGCUUUCCAACAUAUAUGCAACUGCAGGAUAUUGGGAUAAGGUAUCAACAUUGAGAGAUUCAAUGAAAGAGAAAGGAUUGAGAAAGAACCCUGGCUGCAGCUGGAUUCAAAUUGGAAGUGAAAUCCAUGUGUUUAUCGCUGGUGAUGGAUCACACCCACAAAGAAAGGUUAUUUAUGAGACAUUAGCUUGGUUGGAUGGAGAAAUUAAGUUAAUGGGCUGUACUCCAAUGGGUAACAAAGCUGAAGUUCCCCCUUUUUGAGCAUUUCAUUUGAUUAGGAAAUCAGGCUACUGAAUUUAGUUGAGAGCAUCUGUAGAUAGACAUGCUAACCAAGAUGAGGCUUAAAUGCAAGGAAGAAUGCAGCUAUGACACUGGUGGCUUGUUUGACAUGGAGAAACAUAGGCAGAGCUAUUAAGUGCAAAUUUUGAGGCAUUUACAAAGUUCUUUUUGUACCAAUUAAAGGGUGAAUGUUUUAUAUCAAUGUCCUCUUGCCUCAGCUCUUUAGCUUUGUGCAAGUAGAGGGGUCCUACUGAAAACUCUCUAAAGAAGACACAUUCAAUCCAUGUAACUGAAAGGAGUAAAAGCUUCUUGAAAUCAAUGAAAGCAGCUUAUGGUAAGCCUUUUGCAACA